AUGCAUUCAUUAUAUCGAGUUGUCGUUGUCGCUCUAGCAUUGAUGACCAUUGCCUGCUUCUACUAUCAGAUUUCGGAUCUUCCACACCUCAACAGCAUACUACACCACACAUCACAAGAAGAGAGCCAUGCCUCGACACUACUUGAUUCUGGGGACGAUUCGUCCAGUCGAUCGGCGCCUGGAUUUCACGUCCCUUACACAGAUGAUGUGAUGAAAAACGCUCAUCCUACUGUAGACGACACCUCAACUACUGAGGACAGCCCUCCAAAACCACCAAACGACAAGGCAGUGGUGAUGGGCGCUCUCUCCACCGAUGAUGUAGCAUGGGCGACGACGAAACUGCACGGAUGGGACGCUUACGUGUAUACCGUCGACGACAAUACCACUAUGCCAUUCCACACAGAUCGCAACAAAGGCAAAGAAGCAAAUGCUUACUUGACUUACGUCAUUCAAAGUUACAACUCGCUUCCUUCGACAGUCGCAUUCGUACAUUCACAUGAGUUUGGUUGGCCGAAGGCGUGGCAUACAGAUGCCAACCAUCACUCCAAUGUGGAGAGUCUAAACUCAUUGAACGUCAAAUUCGUUCAGAGGAAUGGUUAUGCAAACUUGAGAUGCUUGCCCAAUCCUGGCUGUCCUGAUGAAGUACAUCCACUCCGAGAGCCUGUGGACGAGAGCAAGACAACCGAAACAGUAUUUGCUGCUGCUUGGAGGGAGAUUUUCGACAAUGACGAUGUUCCAGAAAUCGUUGGUGUAGCUUGCUGUGCCCAAUUUGCCGUGUCAAGGCAACAAAUACUCAAAAGGACCAGAGAAGAAUAUCUUCGCAUGCACAACUGGCUGAUGGGAACCGAUUUGGACGACGAGACCUCAGGGCGGGUAUUCGAGUAUCUGUGGCAUAUCAUUUUCGGCCGGGAGUCUGUCNUAGUGAGUGAUUUGAAUCGGCGAAUGUGA